AUGAAGCCAUUCGAUCAAACUUGUAGUGCAAACAAUGACUCGACGCCACUGCCCGACCACCACCUUGUCAAUGCACACCACCAGUGUUUGGCAACUCUAGAGGGCCAGAACUCCUACAUAACGUCUCUCGUUCUCAUGGGAAAAUUUCUAUUGAGUGGCUCUUCUAAUAAGGAAAUUUGUUUAUGGAAACGCGACGCAUUGAGCCCCACGAAUGCCUCCGAAAGUCUCACUGAUAAAAAUAUGGUUGUGGCUGGAAAGGGUGCAGUGAAAGCUCUCGUAGUUUUAGCUGAUAAAAUCAUAAGUGCUCAUCAAGAUCACAAAAUUCGGGUAUGGAAAAUUGAUAAUCUGGAUAACGAUGAGCAGAAGUUUACACAGUUGGCCACGCUUCCAACGUUCAGUGACCGAGCACUCAAACUUUUGGUACCCCAAAACCAUGUUCAAGUUCGACGCCACAAGAAAUGCACAUGGGUUCAUCAUGUUGACACAGUAUCAGCACUAGCCUUGUCAAAUGAUGAAUCCUUACUCUAUUCGGUUUCUUGGGACCGGACUCUCAAGAUAUGGAGGAUAUCCGAUUUCAAAUGCUUGGAAUCAGUUGCCAAUGCACAUGAUGAUGCAAUAAAUGCCAUUGCGUUAUCCAGCGAUGGACAUGUUUACACCGGAUCAUCUGACAAGAAAAUCAAAGUAUGGAAGCAAAGCAAAGAAAAUAAGAAGCAUACCUUAGUUGCAACCCUGGAGAAGCACAAAUCUGGGGUUAAUGCAGUGGCACUGAGCGGAGAUGGGUUGACGAUGUAUUCAGGUGCACGUGACAGGUCAAUAGUGGUUUGGACGAAGGUGGAUGGAAACUGCGGUAUGGUGACAGCGGGUACACUCCGGGGACACACCGAAUCCAUAUUGUGUUUGGCCACUGUAUCAGAUAUGGUGUGCAGUGGUUCAGCAGAUAAAACUGUGAGAAUUUGGAGAGGAUUUGGGGAAUCCUAUUCUUGCUUAGCAAUUUUGGAAGGACACAGAGGACCAGUUAAGUGCGUUACUGUAGCAUUAGAUUAUUCCAAUCCAUCAGAUACAAAAUCAAACUAUCUCCUAUACAGUGCUAGCCUGGACUGUGACAUUAAAGUUUGGCAGAUUAAUCUUCUACCCCUCUUCUAA